UCCACAGCGCAGCAGUUGGGAACGCUCAUGGACCUGGUCAGGAGAAGAAGGUACGAAGGAUUGGUGUCCUUAUGGUCGCAGCAACUGUUCGCGAGCAGGACCUCUGCCAACAACCGGACAGAGCAAAGCGCCGACCUGCUCAGCGCCCCGCAGGUACUGGAAGACCUGGUGGAACAGUUGGAUGCAAAUGGGAUUUCGUACGACGUCCUUAUUCACAACCUCGAGGAGGCAAUUCAAAGUGAAAAUCCCCCCAUAGACCCCGAGAAUGAUGAGCUGGAGAGUAGGGGUGGUCAUCGCCUAACCUGGAGACGCUACCACAGAUACAAGGAUAUUGACAGCUACAUUGAGUACUUGGCCAUAACAUACCCUGAUAUCUGCCAAACAGAGGUAAUAGGGAAAUCAUCCCAAGGUCGAGAUCUGAAGUUGCUAAAAGUGUCUACAGGUGGUGACGGUAACAAACCUGCUAUCUGGAUAGACGGAGGUCUCCAUGCAAGAGAGUGGAUCUCCCCUGCGACAGUCACGUAUAUAAUGCUCCAGCUGGUGGAAUUUCGGGAUUUGCACCCGGAGCUCAUAGACUCCGUGGACUGGUACAUCAUGCCAGUGGCAAACCCCGACGGAUACGAGUACUCUCAUUCUACCGACCGCCUCUGGAGGAAGACUCGUUCCGGUGCGAAGGCAAAUAAACGAUGGGGCAAGAGGACAUGCUAUGGGGUUGAUCCCAACAGAAACUGGGACUUCCACUGGGGUGAAGAUCGUUCCUCGAGCUCUGACGCUUGCACAGAUGAUUUCAGAGGACCAAAGGCAUUCUCAGAGCCUGAGACAAAGGCCAUGGCCGAUUUCAUCCUUACUCGGAAGGAUCAGAUCAAGAUUUACCUGACACUGCACUCAUACUCACAAAUGUGGUUGGUACCGUGGGGAUACAAAAAUGAUAAGCCCAAAGGUUACUAUGACAUGUACAUACUGGCAGAGAAGGGAGUGGAAGCCCUGGAGGCUGUACGCGGAACCGACUACCUACUUGGGACAGCUGCCGAACUCCUCUACACUGCUUCAGGUGCCUCUGAUGACUGGGCAAAGGGAGUGGCAGGAAUCAAGUACUCAUACACCAUUGAGCUCCCUGACACGGGUAGCCACGGCUUCGUGCUGCCGGCCCACGAGAUCGAACCGGUGGGACAAGAAACAUGGGCUGCAGUUAAGGCCAUCACAAGGCACUUCACAGAUGCACGUGUCCCAUGAUAUCACGCCAUGAGACGAGGCGACAAGAAUACGAAUGCGAGACAUACCUUGAGCUUCUUCAUAUCCUGACAUAACUUAAUAUUCUCGCGUUGGUAGCCCAGCAUCAGCUGUUCGUGUUGUUGCA